CUGUUUACCGCUGGAGAUGCCGAUAAAAAUCUAAUCGAUAACAGAGAAUGAGAAGAAUCACGCAAUUCACGCUAACCGCAAUAGGCAACGGGUCCCUGGGGAUUUCUAUAGACUGCGGAUGGGGGGUCGGACUCUUUUUACCCCAUUGCCUCCCACUUUAUGAUUCAUUCCUUUCCUUUUUUUUCUGGUCUUCAUACUUGUUUGUUUGACCUGUAUCUAGACAGGAAUUUUUGUCGGGAUGGCUUCUUCCUCUCCAGCCUUGUCGUCUCUAGACGGCCCGACCUAUGUGACUGCGCAGACGCUUAUCCAGCAAGUGGCGUAUGUCCUGAGCGAUAAGAUCUUCUCUUAUUCUCCAGAGUCAUUCGACCUUGAUGCCGCUCUCAAGCAAUGGGCCUCCAGCCAAGAGUCCAAUGCCAAUGGCGAAACCCCUGCCAUCCAAGCAAUGGAAACUCGUCAGGGUGCUGGUAACAUCGCCCUUGGCUACCUGUUUUCUCAAGACUUCGACUUGAAGAAGCGCCAUGUUCCCCAGGGCAUUGUCGCCUCCUCUGCCACCCUUCCUUAUAUGCGCACAGCCUUGGAGCAGCUUUCUCUGUUGUACUCAGUUGCCAGCCCUGUUGCCGCGCAUGUUGCUGCUGUCGACUAUUCCGGAGAGGAGGGCUUGGUCUCCGAUUAUGCGUCCGCCCUUUCUCUUGCUGAAGAGCUUGGCCUGGGUCUCGUUUCUAGUGCCUCCGUUCACGAGUCGCAGCACAUGGCGCUGCUUACGACUUUACUCGCGUCGGUCUUGCCUUCUGUUCAUAUUUACGAUGGUGUCCGCGUUGGACGUGAAACCACCCGGGUUAUCGACACUCUGAGCCAGGCGGGUCUUUCUCGCACUUAUGAAGCUGUCCGCAAGACCUUGGAAGAUUCCCGUAGCCGUCACCUUGACAACCAGGGAAAGCUACUCGAGCUGCUCCAGUCUCUUAACGGUGAACUCGGCACGGACUAUGGUCUCUUCGAGUACCACGGCCAUGCAGAACCGGUCUCUGUUUUGGUUGCUUUUGGUACCGUUGAGGCAUCUCUCACUGCCCAGAUUGCCCGCUCUCUGGCCAAGGAUGGCGUUCGUGUUGGUGUUAUCAACGUUCGUGUUUACCGUCCAUUUGUGGAGGAGGAGUUUCUCCGAGUGCUACCUCAGUCUGUGAAGACUGUUGGUGUCCUAGGCCAGGUUAUCAACGAACAAGCUGUUCAAGAACAGGGCAUCCGGUCUGCCCUAUACGAAGAUGUGCUUGCAGCUUUGACUUUCGCUACUGGCCGUGAGAACGUCCCUACCUGUGUGGACAUCAAGUAUGCCCGCUCCCAGCGCUGGGAUCUGAUCAACACCGCAGCUGCAUUCCAGCUUGUCUCCGAAAAGCCUGUCGUUCAGACUGAUGGCCAGACUGUGCCUCUUCAGUUAUUCGACCCUUCUGCGGUCCAAGAAUAUAUCUUCUGGGAUGUCGAUACCUCUGCCUGCGAUAAUGCUGCCGCCGUCCUCUCCCAAGCCCUUGCUGCCGAUUCAGCAAGCAACGUGACCACCAACAAGACUCAUGACAACCUUGUCCAGGGAGGUGCAGUACGUAUUGAUAUCCGCAAGAGCUCCAAGACUUUGGAAGCUCCCUAUGCUAUCACUGCCGCCAAUACCGCAUAUGUUGGAGAUGUCAAGCUUCUUGCAGAUAUCGACAUUGCUGCCUCUGUCCAGAACAACGGCAACCUUAUCAUCAACGCUCCUGGCGUGAAGGAUGAGGAUCUGGAGAAGAAGCUUCCUGUAGCCUUCAGGCAGCAGGUUGCGGAACGUGGAAUCUCUGUCUACAUUGUGGACCCCUCAGUCACCGGCGACGAGUCACUUGCCUCUGUUGUUCUCCAGACUGCUUUCCUGCGAGUGGCACUUCCUUCGCUGGAGGAGGUCGGUAUCAAGAAGCUGGGUUCGAUCACUGGUAACGUUGAAUCUCUUGAGAACGUCAGCAAGGAUCUUGAUAAGCUCCUUCGCCAAAUUGAGAUUCCUGAGGCAUGGAAAACACCCGAGGAAGGCUUUGAGGCCCCCCAGCUUCCCAAGGACAUCUCUCCUAACAGCUUUGUGUCGUUCGACAAGGAGGAUUCUGAGCCCGCUUCUCUGCUCAAGGACUGGCAGACUGCCGCAAAGGGCCUGGCUUUCAAGGAGGCCUACGGAACCAAGACUGCUCUCCGACCUGACACUGCUGCCAAGACCUUUACUGUCCAUGUCAAGGAGAACAGACGCCUGACACCUGUCACUUAUGACCGGAACAUCUUCCACAUCGAAUUCGAUUUGGGUGAUUCUGGUCUUACGUAUGACAUCGGUGAGGCUCUUGGUGUCCACGCCGAGAAUGACGUCAAGGAGGUCUCUGACUUCAUUGCAUUCUAUGGUCUGAACGCCGACGAUAUCGUUGAGGUACCUAGCCGCGAGGAUCCAGCCGUGCUGGAAAAUCGUACAGUGUUCCAGGCUCUCACACAAAAUGUUGAUAUCUUCGGUCGCCCGCCUAAACGCUUCUACGAGGCUCUUGCUGAAUUCGCAACUGAUCAGAAGGAAAAGACCGACCUUCUUACCCUGGGUGGUCCCGAGGGCGCUGUGGAAUUCAAGCGUCGCUCUGAGGUUGAUACCGUCACUUUUGCUGACAUCCUGCUUGAAUAUCCCUCUGCUCACCCUGAGUUCUAUGACUUGAUCCGUAUCGUCGGUCCCCUUAAGCGUCGUGAAUAUUCCAUCGCCUCUUGCCAGAAAGUGACUCCUAACUCCGUGGCGCUCAUGAUCGUCGCCGUCAACUGGGUGGCUCCGAACGGCCGUGACCGAUUUGGUCUGGCCACCCGCUACCUCAGCAGGCUUCAACCUGGCUCCCCCAUCACCGUCAGUGUGAAAUCAAGUGUGAUGAAGUUGCCGCCUAAGUCCACUCAGCCUAUUAUCAUGGCAGGUCUUGGUACUGGCCUUGCUCCUUUCCGUGCCUUCGUGCAGCACCGUGCACUUGAGAAGGCCCAGGGCAAGGAGAUUGGUGCUGUUCUGUUGUACAUGGGCUCCCGUCACCAGCGCGAAGAGUAUUGCUACGGUGAGGAAUGGGAGGCCUACCAAGAGGCCGGUGUCAUCACCCUCCUUGGCCGUGCCUUCUCCCGUGACCAGCCCGAGAAGAUCUAUAUCCAGGAUCGCAUGCGCCAGACUUUGCCUGAGAUCGUUGAUGCUUACAUCCGGGAAGAGGGGUCUUUCUACCUUUGCGGUCCCACAUGGCCGGUUCCUGAUGUGACCGCAGUGCUGGAAGAAGCAAUUGCCACCGAGGCCAAGGCCAAUGGCAAGAAGGUUGACACUCGAAGGGAAAUUGAGAAACUCAAGGACGAGGAGAGAUACGUCCUUGAGGUGUACUAGAGGGCUUGUUAAAAAGGGUUUUGCUGAUAUGUUGAUUAUUCUUUUGAGUUUCUCUGUGCAUGAAGUCGACAUGAAGUUGAUGACCAUCCUGUUUUGGUUUAGCGCUUGUUAGCACCCACGCACCUGAUCUAUAGAAAUAGACUUAUUACCACUGUUUA